AUGAGCGACAAAAUCCCCUCGUGGAACAUUGUCCACAAACUAGAGAAGCGUCAACUUCUCAUCGCAAUCAACUGCGUCGCCGCACUGUCAAUUCUCUUCUUCGGAUAUGACCAAGGCAUGAUGUCCGGCGUUAACAACGCCAAAGACUACAUCGACUUGAUGGGAUUCGGAUACACGAAAGAAGUAGACGGCGAACUGACCCCGGUAGUGACCAAUUCCUUGCUACAGGGUGGCAUUGUCUCAGUAUACUAUCUGGGGACGUUGUUCGGUGGGCUGUUUGGUGGUUGGUUGGGUGAUCGCAUGGGGAGAAUUAAGUCCAUUGCUGUGGGUGCGGUUUGGGCUGUGGUGGGCGCGAGUCUGCAGUGCUCGGCGCAGAAUCAUAAUUGGAUGAUUUGCGCACGCUUCAUCAAUGGCAUUGGUACUGGUAUUUUGAAUGCAAUUGUGCCUGUUUGGGCCACUGAGACCGCCGAGCAUACUUCCCGUGGACAGUUCAUCGCUAUCGAGUUCACACUGAACAUCUUUGGCGUCGUCCUGGCCUAUUGGCUUGAGUUCGGCCUCUCCUUCAUCGACGGUGGUAAAUCCGCCUUCCGUUGGCGUUUCCCCAUCGCCUUCCAGAUCAUCUUCCUUCUGAUUCUCUUCGUCGCCGUCUGGUUCUUCCCCGAGUCCCCACGUUGGCUAGUCAAGGUCGGCCGCGAGCAGGAAGCACGAUACAUCCUACAACGGCUGCGUGGCAGCAGCCCAGAAGAUCGGGUCCGCGCCGAAGCCGAGUUCCAGGAUAUCCAGAGCAUUGCCGAGAUGGAGAAGACUGUUGUCCACGGGAACUCUUACCUCUCGAUGCUGUUUGGCUGGAAGUCUGGUGACCUACACAUCGGUCGGAGAGUACAGUUGGUUAUCUGGUUGCAGAUUAUGCAGGAGUGGGUUGGUAUUGCCGGUGUGACUGUCUAUGCGCCGACGAUCUUCAGUAUUGCGGGCUUUGACUCGAUGAAGAGUCAGUGGAUCAGUGGAUUGAAUAAUAUUUUCUACAUGUUCGCAACGCUUAUCUGUGUGUUUACUUUGGAUCGCAUUGGACGACGCUGGACUCUAUACUGGGGCUCUGUCGUGCAGGGUAUUGCCAUGUUCCUUGCUGGUGGAUUCUCUCGCCUUGCCAUCAACGCCAAGGCUGAUGGCAACAUGGGCACAGCGUCCUCGUAUGGUGCAGCGGCUGCCUCGAUGAUUUUCAUCUUUACCUCGACUUUUGGUGCCACCUGGCUUACUGUGCCAUGGCUGUAUCCGGCUGAGAUUUUCCCAUUGGCAGUGCGCGCCCGUGGUAAUGCCUGGGGUGUCGUUGGCUGGAGUAUCGGAAAUGGAUGGCUGACUCUACUCUGCCCGGUCAUGUUCGAUUCAAUCGGCGAAAAGACCCUCUACGUGUUCGCGGCCAGCAACGUAAUCACCAUCCCUAUGGUGUGGGCUCUGUAUCCCGAAAGUAACCAGCGCACCCUGGAAGACAUGGACCUUCUCUUCGCCGCCAAGACUCCCUGGACCUGGGAUGCGGAAAAGACAUUCGCCCGCCUCAAGGCCGAGAAUCCCGGUAUGGUGGACAUUACUAGUCGCAAGAAUAGUGUUGUGGAUCCCGAGACUGGCAAGGUGAUCCCCGUGGAUGCGGUGACAGCGGCCAAGAUUGAUGAUGCCACGGCUGCCGAGCAUGUGGAUCACCCUUGA